GACACCGGCCGGUGUUCCACCCACAUGGCUUACAGACAAGUCAAACACUCCAGCUGGACCUCCUCCUCCAUCAAUACUGGGGAGCUCAUUCAAUCCAUCCGAUCACACCUUUGGCCGAAAAGCGACCUUCCAACCAAACAGCUUCUCCAUGCCCGAAGAUGACUCCGACGAGGACGAUGAUGAUGCAGAGUAUGAGCAAGAGUACGGACAUGAGGAAGACAACAUGGAUGAGGACGAUCGCACCUUUCGAAGUUCCUUGCCAACCACAAGUCCGCGAGGGUUAAAGAGAAGUCGGGACGGUCGUAUACGCGGACCUAGUAGCUUUGCGAGCAUUGCUCGUAGCAUGACGAGCAAUCACCAAGCAAGCGAGCUGAGCGACAAGGACAACAUCAUCAGCCAAAGCGAAGCUUUACUGUCGGAGCUAGAUGCACGGGUACGGCGUCAGCCAAAUCAGGCCGACAGCAUCUUGACCGAAACUUCGGCACAGCUUACCAAGCUAUGGAGUCGCGACGCGGAUACUGCUACCAAGCAAGGCGAGAUGGGUCCUCAGUCUGACGAUGCUUUCACGAAUGCCAACUAUCUCGCCUCACUUCUCCUCCAAAUGCAUCACCCGCAUACUGCCAACGCUCGAGUAAUCGCCCGGGGUCAGCGACCAUCCGCCAUGGCUGCGCGCCCACAGCACGCCACCACAAUACCCAAAGGCUUGCUCGACUGGCUGAACACAUACCACCAGCCAUUUCCGGACGAUUACAACGACGUCCAUCUCCACCAGCCUGCACCAAGCGCGCACGAAACGUUCUGGGAUGUCGUAUAUGCGUCUACCUUGCGUGGUAAAUUGAGUCGCGCGAUUCAGCUUUUGAAGGACGCGCGGUGGGAACACGCCGCGACGGCGUUGGACGAUGGCGCGCCUGAGCCCGGGUACGAGGGCCACCAAUUGUUGAAUACAGAAGCGGUUAUCGCGACCUGUAUCCGCACGAUUGAAAGCUGUCCGGGAUAUGCGCACAAUGAUUGGGACGUCAAGGGCAUGGAGUGGACUAUUUUUCGUCAACGGACGAGCUCAGCGAUGCAGAAUUUGGACGCUGUAGCCGGUAGCAAUAGGAUGGAUGAGUCGCAAGCAGGCGACAAUGUGUUUCAGCGCAGCCAACGUGGGAGUGCACUUAGCUUGUCAAGCGCGAGUCGAAGAGCCGAGAGCAAAGUUCCGUGGAGCAUCCAUCAGAACCUCAAAUUGCUAUAUGGAAUUCUUCUGGGCACCACGGACGAAGUUUUGAUGACUGCCCAAGACUGGCUCGAGGCCUCGAUAUACUUGACGAUCUGGUGGGACGGUACUGAUGAGGGUCCUCCGGAAGCCAGUCUCAAUCGGAGCAGUAUGCGGAAGAGCACAGCACAGAAGACUCGUGAGGUCGACGUUGCCCCACUCGCAGCGUAUCGAAAGCGGCUGGAAGAUGCAUUCGCGCUUGUUACGGAGAACCCGGACGACACCGUGUUCACCGUGAAUACUAUGGAUCCAGUGCAGGUCGGUCUCGCGUGCAUAAUGGACGACAGUGUUGGGAAUGUUGUGCGGAUAUUACGACGAUUCAGCAUGCCAAUCGCCAUUUCAGUCAUGGAGAUUGCUGCGCUGGGCAACUGGCUGCCUUUGCUUCAUCCCAGGAGCAGCAGUGACUUGCUGGGCCAAGGAUUCUCUAAGGAAGAUCUCCUUGUGCUCUCCCAUGCGCCUGUUGAGACGAAUCCUGAUGGUCUUGAUCGCGAUGAAUAUCUUGGUGAAUAUGCCGAAGCGCUGGCGAAGAAGACGAGGAUCGGCGAGAGCGAAGGGUGGGAACUAGCCGUUGCUGUUCUCAAUCGUCUGGAUCAGGCCGAAGAUGCCAAGCAGAGGAUAGCGAGUCUAUUUGACAGGAUCGAGCUCACAGACGAUGCGCGUGUCGAUAAGCUGCUCAAUGUAUGCGACGAGCUGGGUCAGACUGAGCAGCUGCGCGAUAUAGCAGAGCGUUAUGCGGACUCCCUGGCGGAAAGCACAAACUCAUACGGCCUGGCUCUAAUAUACUAUGCUCGCGCCCAUGCCUCCGCAAAGCUGAAGGAUACUCUUGGCCUCCUCACAUCACUGUGCCUCCUCCAUUCUGCCUCCAUGCCGGCUCAAAACAACAUUGAUCCCAAACUGGAAGAUCUCAUCGGCAAAGAUCGCACAGCACUUCGAGAGCUUGCGCAGACAGACAUGGAAGCCGCCACCCUUCUCUCUUCUCAUCUCAGCGGAUAUGCCACAUUGCGCAAAUUUUACGAUCUGCGCGACCAAGACUUGGCUCCCGUUCCACCCAAGCAAUCACUCAAAUCACUGACACGCCGCCGUGAGGCCGCCGCGGCUCUGUACGUGGUCGUCAAAAGCGCCGCUGACUGCAUCCCUGGAGGCCUCUUCGAUCCGGAAGUGGAGACUGUCAUUCCUGCCGAGGGUCUCCUCGCCUUGUUGGCCGAGACAUUACCAUUACUCGGAGGUGGUCAACGAAUAUUCUCGGAGAACCACAUUUUCGGUCUGCUCGGUGUGCUGGAAGACUUUGUGGCGUCGCCAGGCCGGAUUCGCGAGAAUGCAGACUCACUGCUUGCCGCGAGUCUGGCGGCAUGGCGAGAUGCCGCUAGCACAGUUUCGGGCCGUACCAGGAAGAAGAAGAAUGAUCUCUCGAAGAGCGUGAGCAGUAGCUGGGAUGUGCUGUCGGCCAACAGUGUGAUGUUGCAAAGCCAGGGCUUGAAUGGCGCGGACGCGACACUGCAGCGAGCUUGGGACUGGAGGCAAGGAUUGACUGGGAUUGGCAACGAUGCGAAUAUUGAUGGCGAGACGAUUGUGGGUCUUGUCCGAGAGGCGCUCGUCCGAGAAGUCGCGAGUGGGUGGAGUGGGAGCUUGAACUGGUAGGAGAUGUGCUCGUGAAAUUCCGAAACAGAUCCUUGUGAUCUUGAAACAGCUCCAAGGCUCACUCAAUGUGUCCGACUUCACGCUCUCGAAACACUUUUACUCCGCCGAUUUCUCUUGCGACUCGAUCGUCUCGAACCUUUUCGAUUCAACGAUUGCUCCACAACCCACCUCCUUUCAACUUCUUUGUUGCUCAACCCGCCGUUCAGGAGAUCCCUCGAGUAAAGCAUUGGCUUGGGGCCACCGGGAUAUUUCCCUUUGCGAGCC